ACCGGCUGUCUGCCGAGCCUGCUCACCAGGAAGUGGAAUGUUGGACAGAUCUUCGGCGUUUUAUUGAUGAUGAUGGAGGAUGAGGAGUUCGAGUUUGCCGAGGAUUUAGAGGCUAUAAUGCAGCUGACCCCAGAGGUGCAGCAAGCAAUAGAGCAGGUUUUUCCCAGUCAGGACCCGCUGGACAGAGCUGACUUUAAUGCAGUGGAAUACAUCAACACCUUGUUCCCCACAGAGCAGUCUUUAGCAAAUAUUGAUGAUGUGGUGAACAAGAUUCGUCUAAAAAUAAGGCGCCUGGAUGACGACAUCAGAACAGUGGUGAGAGGACAGACCAACGUGGGCCAAGAUGGCAGACAGGCAUUGGAAGAAGCCCAGGUCGCCAUCCAGCAGCUUUUUGGAAAAAUUAAAGACAUAAAGGACAAGGCGGAGAAGUCGGAACAAAUGGUCAAGGAGAUCACCAGGGAUAUCAAACAGUUGGACCAUGCGAAGCGGCACCUCACCACGUCCAUCACCACGCUGAACCACCUGCACAUGUUAGCUGGAGGAGUGGACUCUCUAGAGGCUAUGACCCGAAAGAGGCAGUAUGGUGAGGUGGCGAAUCUUCUGCAGGGGGUGGUCAAUGUGCUGGAGCACUUCCACAAGUACAUGGGAAUACCCCAGAUAAGACAGCUUUCAGAGAGGGUAAAGGCAGCUCAAAGUGAAUUAGGAACUCAAAUCCUGGCUGAUUUUGAAGAAGCGUUCCCUUCACAGGGCACCAAGAGACCUGGUGGGCCGAGUAAUGUGCUGAGAGAUGCCUGUUUGGUGGCCAACGUCCUGGACCCCCGUAUCAAGCAAGAGAUUAUCAAAAAGUUUCUGAGGCAGCAUCUCUCUGAGUAUCUGGUGCUAUUCCAAGAGAAUCAAGAUGUUGCCUGGUUGGACAAAAUUGACCGUCGCUAUGCUUGGAUCAAACGGCAACUCAUAGACUAUGAAGAGAAGUACGGGCGGAUGUUUCCUGCAGAGUGGUGCAUGACGGAGCGCAUUGCAGUGGAGUUCUGCAACAUUACCAGGGUUGAGCUGGCCAAAGUGAUGCGAACAAGAGCUAAAGAAAUUGAGGUGAAGCUGCUGCUCUUUGCUAUCCAGAGGACGACGAACUUCGAGGGCCUGCUGGCCAAACGGUUCUCUGGAUGCACCUUGACUGAUCUUCCUGGGCAGCAGAAGAGGCCUGACAGUCCGCUGGAACCCACAAACCCGUUUCUGGAGGACGAGCCUGGCGAGGAUCUGGGCGUGGAGAAGGAUGAGGACGUGACCAAGCCCAGAAAACCCAAAGCCCCAGACAACCCUUUCCAUGGCAUCGUGUCCAAGUGCUUCGAGCCACAUCUAUACGUCUACAUAGAAUCUCAAGACAAGAACUUGGGGGAACUCAUUGACCGGUUCGUGGCCGACUUCCGUGCGCAGGGCCCACCCAAGUCAGGCACGGAGGAGGGAGGGGCCGUCCUGCCCAGCUGCGCUGACCUGUUUGUCUACUACAAGAAGUGCAUGGUGCAGUGCUCCCAGCUGAGCACCGGCGAGCCCAUGAUUGCCCUCACAACCAUUUUUCAAAAGUUCCUAAGAGAGUACGCCUGGAAGAUCCUUUCAGGCAACCUCCCUAAGUCCACCAGUAACAGCGGCGGACUCACCAUCAGUAGCCUACUGAAAGAGAAGGAGGGCUCAGAAGUAGCUAAAUUCACGGUUGAUGAGCUGUGCCUUAUUUGUAGCAUCCUGAGCACCGCGGAGUACUGCCUGGCUACGACACAACAGCUGGAAGAGAAACUGAAGGAGAAAGUAGAUAAAGUUCUGGUGGAGAGAAUUAAUUUAACCGGAGAAAUGGACACAUUCAGCACUGUGAUUUCGAACAGUAUCCAACUGCUGGUUCAAGAUCUGGAUGCUGCAUGUGAUCCUGCGCUCACGGCGAUGAGCAAGAUGCCGUGGCAGAGUGUGGAGCAUGUGGGUGACCAGAGUCCCUACGUCACGUCCAUCAUCAUGCAUAUCAAGCAGAACGUCCCAAUUAUCCGAGAUAACUUGGCCUCUACACGCAAAUACUUCACCCAAUUCUGCAUCAAAUUCACAAAUGCUUUCAUCCCUAAAUUCAUCAAUCACCUUUUCCGCUGCAAGCCUAUCAGCAUGGUGGGGGCCGAGCAGCUCCUUCUGGACACGCACUCGCUCAAGACGGUCCUGCUGGAUUUGCCUUCCAUCGGCUCCCAGGUGCUGCGGAAAGCACCAGCCAGCUACACCAAGAUAGUAGUGAAGGGGAUGACCCGAGCAGAGAUGAUACUCAAGGUGGUGAUGGCCCCACAUGAACCGCCCGUGGUGUUCGUGGAUAACUACAUCAAGCUCCUGGCUGAUGGGAAUCCCGAGACCUUCCAGAAGAUCCUGGACAUGAAGGGUUUGAAGCGCAGCGAGCAGAGCAGCAUGCUGGAGCUCUUCAGACAGAGAUUGCCCACUCCUCCCUCAGGGGCCGACGGCGGCCCCUCGCUCUCCUUCAGCACACCCACCCCGGAGCAGGAGUCCUCCCGCAUACGCAAGCUGGAGAAGCUCAUCAAGAAGAGACUAUGAGCGGAGACUCGCCGCGUCCAAAAACCAGUCUGAAAUGAUGAGGAAUAUCUUCACUCUGGUGAAGCCGCAUCUUCUCUCAUGUCCUUUCACAUUAUCAGCCACAAGACCGACGUCUGUUGCCGCAGACAUCAGCACGGUGCCGCAGUGUCCUCGGACGGAGUCAAGAAUGAAGCUGUUGGCUAAAUACCGCUCAUGGUGGCCCUCGCUGGGAAUCAUGUCAUGAUUCCCGGCUGCCUGAAGUGAAUUACACUUGACGGUUUCCAAGUAUAGUUUGUCGGAUCGGACGGCCACGUCUUGCCUCGGCUGUUUUGAGUUGAAGCAGAGAUUUGCAUCUUCCUCCGCCGGCUAUUACGGCCGACAUGUGGCGUCGGCUGUUUAGAAGACGCUCACACACACACACACACGCUUGUCUCCGUCUUCGCUGUAUGAUAUAUUAGGUCACAGAUUGUUUCCUGUACAUAGUGACACGGAUGUGUGGAGGCAUUUAAAACAUGAUACGUGGGUUUGGUGACUGUUUUGUUUUAAUCAUGGCAUCAAUGAGGACGACUAUUUAUGAGACGAUUUGCAAGUUAGAUUAAUAUAAUGGAAUUGGAAAUGUAAGUAACCGUUGUGUGUCAUAUUAAAUCACCGAGCUGUGACACAAGAAGUGCGCGCAUGAGUGGUUGCUGCUGUUUUGUGACAUGAACGUCUUCACUUUCUCAGCAUCCUUUGACACACGUGUCACCUGGAACACGUCGUUAGAAACAGCAAUUGUCCAUCCGUAAACGCGCCUCUCCAUUGACUGAACACUGUCAUCACAAGCGUUUAUACUUCGGAUGCAUUUAAGUUUUGCGGCUGGUUCAAACAGCAGAACGUUGCUUUUAAAUGGUGCACGAUUGUUCCCCCUUUUUUACUUCAUCUCAUGUGCGCGUCAUCACUUUGUUUCAGCCACGUUCCAUAAUUGAAAUGUGUCGCAAAUCGGACUUGAAUGACACGUUGAGCGCCGUCUGAGCUGCAGCCAAUCACAACCCGGGAAAAGUUUCAGGGGGCGUGUCCUGCCGGGGUCGCUUUUAAAAAUCGCCUUCCAGGAAAAGAAGAAAGUUCAGAACAGUCCGGAGCUCGUGGCGGCGGAAGUAACCGUCCGGAGCGUGUGGUGCUCGUUGGCUCGCGCGUCAGGGCGGAAAGCUUCCGUGGCGGGGGGUUGAUGAGAGCGGCCGCCGGCAGCUGUGCUCGCGCUCCGGGAAGUGGUUGACUCAAGAGGAAGCUCGGUGAUCUGGACACCUUCCUCUUUCCCAACCGCGCUCCU